AUGAAUGUUUUUGAAACUGCAAGUUGCCAAGUAGGGGGCGUCUUUGAAGAUGUUGAAAAAGAACCACCGGAAGAAUCACUUGAUAAUUCAUGUCUUCUUGCGGUUGACUUUGCCGCAAAUGUAGUCGCUAAAGGAACCAUAAUGAAGUAUAGUGCCUCGGAUGAAAACAUUAAAGUUAUGAUGGAAACAAUUAUACAAGGAGAAGCUUUACUACCCAUUCCACUUGAAGAGGAGUUCAUUGCGAAGGUAAAAGAUGCACUUGGACACAUACUAAGUUGGCCAAGACACUUAGUUAUUCGAUGCUCUGACCUGGGAAAAGUGGUGGCGAAACCUGUGAAAAAACAUGCAACACCAAUGAAAAAAGAUGCAACACCAGUGAAAAAAUAUGCAACACCUUUAAAAGAAGAAAUAGGAAGUAAUAAGAAAGAAAAGGGGACAGGAAAAAUGGUUGAUAAGGAAGAAGAGAAUGGAACAGAAAAGAAGAGUAAAAAGAAGGAAAAAGAAAUGGAGAAACAAAAUGUGAUCAUGCAAAGAAGGUCGACCAGAGCACAGAUGACGACAAGGAUAAGAAUUGAUAAGAGUGGUAUCUUGAAAAUGACUGCAAUGAUGGCUGAUGCACAAGUUACAAAGGUUGAUUCUAUAAAAGUGCAGAGUGAGAACGAUCUUUUUGGGUACGAUAGUUACACGUACUUAAAUUGGGAUGAUUUUGAAGCACUUCUUACACUGGAUGAGCUGACCGGUGCUGUCAUUGUGUCUUAUAUGAUGGUGUUGUUUAACAAAAUCAAGAAUGGCCCGCCAGAAAGAGAUCAUGGAAUUUGCUUUGUGAACCCGGCUGUAAUCUCGCCACGUAUGCGUAAAGGGAAAUCUAAGAAUAUUGAUGAUGCAAGUAGAGGUGUUGCAGAUCGAAGACAUUGGGUGUUGGGUGUACUAGACAUGAAAUCGGAUACUUUCUGUUAUCUUGAUUCCUUGAGUUCUAGCAAUUUCAAUACGCAGUUGAAGCAAAUUGUUGAUUCGGAUAUGGUUAUGUACGCUACACAAAGUGGAUCCAACAAGAGGGUUAAACUUAAUUGGGUCAAUGUUACGUGUCCAGUUCAGCGCGGAUCUACCGAAUGUAGCUGCUACAUGUUAAAGUUCAUGAAGGAGAUAGUUGAGGAAGGAAUUGAAGUGUUGGUCAAAGACAAUGUAAGGAUAUAG